GUUCAGAGGACCAACCCCCAAAAGUAUACCAGAUAAAGCCAGGAGUUAAAAACAUUCCUACAGGUAGCAAUCUGGGUGGAUUGAUCAAUGUUCCAACAGCCUUUUGUUAACAGAAAAUACUUAAAUCGAGUUUGAGGCAGUUUCAUGGAAAUCGCUACAAGGCUGGUGAGUGAGAGGGUGCGUGUGUCAUGGAAGAGACCUUGCGGGGCUGGCUGCCUUGUCUGCGGGCACUCUGGGAUCGCAUCUGGCCCGAAGCCCCAACCUCGGACGCGGUCCAAAGACCCCGACAGGUCGCUACUAUCUCGGGUCCCUACCCGCAAGCUAAGGUCCCGGUGAGACCAACUCCUGCCGCACCCAUUGAAGCCGGACCUAUCUGCACUGCUCUGUACGAUUUCGAGGCCAGAACCUCAGAGGAAUUGUCACUGAAGAAGGGAGAGAAACUGAGAGUCAUCCGGAAUGAAGGAGACUACCUAUAUGCGCAAAAAAACACCGGUUCCAAAGCGGCCGCAACCCAGGGCUUGGUCCCCGCCAAUUAUGUGAAAAUAACCAAGGAAAACCUUGCGAAACAGCCGUGGUAUUUUGGAAGAAUAGGAAGAGUCGAUGCGGAAAAAUUACUUACAUCUGCCCAAAAUCAAAAUGGAGCCUUCCUGGUCCGCAGAAGCGAGAUUGAUAAUGGUGGUUUUUCAAUAUCUGCUCUAAAUGAUAAAGUGCAUCACUAUCGGAUAUUGACUUCAUCUGAGGGAUACUUUUAUCUACACGAGAACCAAAAGUUUCCCACAGUUAUUGACCUUAUGGAAUUCUACAAAUUACAAUGGAAGAUCUUUGGGUUUCCAUUGACAAAACCUUGCAUAAAGCAAGAAGCUUAUAAUGCUGAUGAAUGGGAAAGACCCAGAGAAGAGUUUUCUUUGUUAAAGAAACUGGGAGAAGGUCACUUUGGAGAAGUCUGGGAAGGAAUUUGGAAUGAAAACCAGCAUGUGGCAAUCAAAAUGCUUAAAAAGGAUGAUAUGAAUGUGGAUAUGUUUCUUCAAGAAAUUAAAAUUAUGAAGAGCAUCAGCCAUCCAAACCUAAUCCGGCUUUAUGCAGUUUGUUCGAUUGAAGAACCUGUUUACAUUAUCACAGAACUCAUGAGCAAAGGAAGCCUAAAGGAAUACUUAUCUGGAGAUGAAGGUAAAACACUAACAAUUACUCACCAUGUGUAUUUUGCUAGCCAAGUGGCUGAAGGAAUGGCUUACUUAGAAAGGCAUAAAUUUGUCCACCGGGAUUUGGCUGCAAGGAAUGUUCUUGUUGGAGAAGAUCUUGUUUGCAAAGUUGCAGAUUUUGGAUUAAUGAGAUUGAUCCGGGAUGAGGUGUAUAAUGUCCAAGCCGGGACCAAAUUACCUGUAAAGUGGACUGCACCAGAAACCGCAAAUUACCAGAGAUAUUCAGUAAAAUCAGACGUAUGGUCAUUUGGUGUUCUCCUGUAUGAAAUUGUGACUUAUGGCAAUGAUCCUUACGAGCGAAUGACAAACCAGGAAACUGUGGAUAAGGUAAACCAAGGAUACAGAAUGCCUCGUCCCAAAACCUGUACCCCAGACAUAUAUGAUAUAAUGCUCAGAUGUUGGAAUGAAUCUGAGGAAAACAGACCAUCCUUCAGUACACUAACAGAGGAACUCAAUUCACUAUACUCUCAAUACUUUUACAACAACCAAGAUCAAGGUCAAAAGAAAGACUGAGUUCAAGCUCAAAGAGAAUACAGUCUAACAUCAUUACAAGAAGUGUAAUUCUACAUGGAUCUGGAUGAGAGUGAACUCUACAUUUGGUUCAUGACAAUGGAUUGUUUCUGUACUUAACUUUUGAUACCGUUGUUUACGACAAUCAGCUAAUUCCCUCAAGUUACAGUCAGCAGUACAAAGGAGAAAAUGUAUAGCAUUGUGUUGUUUUGUGCUGUCAUAAGAGCAUCAAUUUACAGAAAAUAAAUAUGAAGAUGCCUAUAUAAAAUAGCAGAGUAAGGAAUGGUGCAAUAAUCUUUAUGUACUGGCCUUCUGAUGUCAGCAAAAAUAAUUCUUAGCCUUGCAUUGGUAUAUAUUAAACACUGUAAGAAACUGGAUAGCAAAAAUAGGUAAGUAAUGUAAAAAUUUACUUUUAGAGGAAAUACAAUUUCAACUGCCAUCAGCAACUGUAAGUUUAAAUUAAUGUAUAACUUGAUGGAAGGGGAGUGGGUUCUCAUAUCAGAGGCUUCCAUUCACUGCCCUUCCAACAGCCCAAACCUGAGAUUUGUAACAGAGAAAUACGACAAAGUCCUCUCCGUACCUUAUGGAAGCAAACAUGGUAAAUCAGUCUUCACUUUGAUGUUUGAAGAAUUGAAAUAAUUUUUAAUGGCUUUGUGCUUGUGAACUUAAUUUUGCACCAUGUACCAGAUUGAUGCAGUUAGUGUUCAAAGAUUAGUGACAGGAGAAAUGAUCACUGCAAGCCACAAACCAGCAAUCUUCCCCAGGCUGUUUUCUUUUUAUUCCAAAUGGCAAUGCCUGGUUUUACCAUUUACAGUACAUAAUUAUUCUCUUGAAAGUAAGGCAGAACACAAUGGAGGGAAGCUAUUCCACUGAACUACACUUUAAAAUGUCAGUAACAAGAUAUUGCAUAACUAGAGCACGUCUUAUUCACUUAUUUAUCGUGGAUUUCUAUUCCUUGUAGAAGUAUUUAGAUGUUUCAAGCAGCUUUCUUAAGUUUGUUGUUUAAUCCUUCUGAAAAAGAGGAUAAUUUAUAUAAUCAUUUUUCUUAAGUCCGGGGUCUGUUCAUUGUUAUCAGCCCCAACAGGGAGUCAUGUGCAAGUGAUUGGGCACUGCUGAAUGAUGCCAAAAAAUCAAGGUCUCGUCUCCCCGCACUUGCUAUUCAUGCACAAUUGCCAACUUCACCCUCACAUUUCAUUCAGGUCUUGGCUAAUUUUUACCCUAGACUUAGAAAACAAUGUUGAAUAUAAAAAGUGCUCAGAAAUAAGUCAUUGCUAUAAUCAUCUUGGUGCUCCAGCAAUUAAAUUAUGUUUAAAUGAAAAAUGGGUAGAAAUUAUU